GCGCGUCGGGGUGCAUUUCGGGUGCAUUGGGGUUGAGUUUUCCAUGUCUAAAGUUCCCCCAUUUGAUAGGUCAGCUCUUGCUCCCCCCCACGUCCGCUCUUCCUGCCUGCCCACCUUCUGUGUAAGCUGCCACGAUGGGGGGAGAGGGGGGGGAGAUGGCAGGACAAGGUUGAAAGCACCAGGUUUCCAGGUUCCAGGUUGUGCAGCCGAGCUGCAGGCCCGUCCCGAGGUUUGACCAGCGGGAGACGGGUUGCAUGCCUACCGACCUACCUUAUUAUAUAUAUAUAUGUAUAUUGAUUUGCAUGCCCCGCCUGUCUACAUUCUCAACUUCCCCAGCCUCUGUUCGAAUUCCUUGCUCUUUCCUUCGCCGACAUGGAAGAUAUUGAACCGGGCGGUAAAGCCCCAUCGGUUGCCAAAGCCUCCAGAUCCUCCCCGUCACCCCCCAACGAGCAAGAGGAUGUCUCUCUCCACUCAGCCGACAAUGUCAGCGCCAUCUUGCCCGAGGGUCAAAUCGACCCGGUCUACGAGAAGAAAGCAAAGAUAUUGAACCGCGCCAUCCAAGACAUCGGAAUGGGCUGGUACCAAUGGCAGCUCAGCGCCGUCAUAUCCUUCGGGUGGGCGUCGGACAACCUGUGGCCGAUCGUGACAUCGCUGAUCUUCACGCCGGUCAAGAACGAGUUCGGCCCGGCGCGGCCGCCACUACUAACGCUCAGCCAAAACAUCGGCCUGCUCGCGGGCGCGCUGUUCUGGGGCUUCGGGUGCGACGUGUUCGGGCGCAAGUGGGCGUUCAACCUGACGCUGGGCAUCACGGCCGUGUUCGGCAUGGUGGCCGCCGGGUCCCCCACCUUCGCGGCCAUCGGCGUCUUCGCCGCGCUCUGGUCCUUCGGCGUCGGCGGCAACCUGCCCGUCGACUCGGCCAUCUACCUCGAGUUCCUGCCGGCCUCCCACCAGUACCUGCUGACCGUGCUGUCCGUCGCCUGGGCCAUCGCCCAGGUCGUCGCCACCCUGGUCGCCUGGCCCCUGCUGGGCAACCUGACGUGCCAGGAGGAGGACACCAGCUGCACGCGCGAGGAGAACAUGGGCUGGCGCUGGCUGCUGAUCACCAUGGGCGGGCUCACGGUGCUGAUGUUUGUCGUGCGGUUCGGCCUGUUCACGAUCUACGAGUCGCCCAAGUAUCUGAUGGGCAAGGGCCGCGACGAGGACGCGGUGCGCAUCGUGCACGAGGUCGCGAAGCGGAACGGGAAGGAGACGACGCUGACGCUGGACGACCUAAGGGCCUGCGAGCCCGAGGGGUACGUCCACCAGGCCAAUACCGCCGACGCGCUCAAGCGGAAGCUCGAGGAUGUCAAUCUUGACAGGGUAAAGGCGCUGUUUGCGACGAAGAAGCUUGCGCUGUCGACUGGGCUGAUCAUGGCUGUUUGGGCGUUUAUCGGGCUAGGGCCUCGCGCGGCGCCGACUUUGGAGACGGUUCCACAUAGUAGUCUCACGUACCGGAACUCAUUGAUCAUCGCCGUGGUCGGUGUCCCUGGCGCCCUCCUCGGCGGUUACCUUGUUGAAUUACCUCGGUUCGGGCGGAAGGGCACGCUCGCCGUCUCGACUAUUCUGACCGGCGUGUUCCUGUACGCGUCGACGACAGCGCUCAACUCGGCGGCGCUCCUGGGUUGGAACUGCGCUUUCAACUUCUCUUCCAACGUCAUGUACGCCGUGCUGUACGGAUUCACCCCGGAACUUUUCCCGACACCGCAGCGGGGGACGGGGAACGCUCUCACUGCGACCUGCAACCGCGUUUUCGGUAUCAUGGCGCCCAUCGUAGCCAUGUUUGCCGACCUCCAGACUGCGGCGCCGGUGUACACCAGCGGGGCCUUGUUUAUUGCUGCUGGUCUUUUGGUUAUUGCACUGCCGUUUGAAUCGAGGGGAAAGGCGGCCUUGUGA